AUGACGCUUCUAUCAAAGCCAAGCAUCUCAAUGGAAGAUGUACGAAACACCAUCGACACUUACAUCAAGGGCCUUUCAGAUGAUCUCUAUAUUCUGAACAAGCAGAUCCACGACGAACCAGAAAUCGCUUUCCAAGAAUUCAAAGCUCAAACUCAUAUUUCCGAUUUCCUUGAACGACAAGGCCACGCCGUUCAACGAGGCGCUUAUAACCUACCUACAUCCCUCGAGUCUAUAUACGGCUCCAAAGGCCGAUGCGUCAACUUUAACGCGGAGUAUGAUGCCCUUCCCGGCCUUGGACAUGCUUGUGGUCACAACUUGAUCGCUACAGCUAGCAUUGCUGCAUAUCUCGCUUUGACACAUACUUUGAAUAAGUAUGGCGUUGACGGGAGAGCGCAGUUACUUGGUACGCCUGCUGAGGAGGAUGGCGGAGGGAAGAUUCUGCUCCUUAAUGCCGGGGCUUACGAGAAAGCUGACCUAUCUUUGAUGAUUCACCCUUUCGUAGAAGAUCAAUUCCGUCCAAAUGGUACAAUUGGAUCAGCUGGCCAAAGCAGCAUCGCAAUAGUCGACUUAAUCGCCGAAUUUCGCGGCACUAGCGCUCACGCCUCCGGAAACCCAUGGGAUGGAAUCAACGCUCUUGACGCCCUGGUAGCUUCAUACAACAAUAUCUCAAUGCUACGACAGCAGAUAAAGCCAGAUGAGCGUAUCCAUGGAUGCAUUCUCCAGGCGCCGAAGAUCACAAAUGCGAUACCAGAGUAUACAAAGGUCAAGUUCUCAAUCCGAAGUCCAAAGAUGAAUUCUUUGAAGAAACUAACCCAGCGGGUGCGGAAAUGUCUUGAGGCAGGAGGGCUGGCUACGGGCUGCGAGGUUGAGAUCACGGAAGAUUUGGCGUAUGCUGACCUCUGGGUGAACAAUCCUCUCUGUUCCCUAUUCAAGGGCCACAUGGAGAGCCUUGGUAUUUCGUUAUCACAAGGUAGUCAACAAGAGAACAUAGGCGGGUCGACUGAUAUGGGGAACGUCAGUCAAGCUAUCCCUGGCCUGCAUGGGAUUAUCGGGAUACAGGCACCACCGGGCACGUUUCCUCACAACCAUGCCUUUGCAGAAGCUGCUGGUACUAAGGAAGCAUAUUUGAGAAUCCUGGAGGCUGCGAAGGGUAUGGCUUUGACUGCGUGGUCUGCUAUUGUUGAUGAUAAGGUGUUUGCUGAGAUUCAGGAUCAUUUUGACAAAGAUGAGCAAGAUGGAUGA